UCGCGAAGUUUAAUCUUGGCCAUAAUAAAAAUUUAUCCUUUAAAUCUUUUUCAUUUUGUUUUAGACGUUGACAAGAGGAUUGAUAUUGUACACUACGAGUCUAGGACGAGUCAAUUUCUACCAGAUUUUGAUUUCUUCUUUCGGAAGCACAAUUUCAAUUUUUGAGAGCUUCUUGAAACUUGAUUUCUUAUCUGGGUCAACUUGUAAGUUUAAGAAUCUAUAGCAGAGAUUAUGUUAGCGUUUCUGCAUGUGCAAAAGUUUGAAUCUUUAGAUUAUAUCUUUUGUGAUUCUUAUACUUUAUUAGUAGUCUAUAUAGUUUGUGUUAUUGCUUCUGUUGUUGUGUUCAAUGGGAAUCUUCUCUUUUGUGUGACAGAAUGAUUCUCUUUUCCCGUUUUUAGUAUUCCUCGUUUCAUGUCCUUACUAUAGUUAGGCUUUUUUUCUGUUCCUUAAAACCAGGUCUCUUUUUUUUUGGGAUUUUUCAUUGGAGUUGAGCAUACACACAUCUGUUUUCCGGUUUGAUUUUGGAGUGAGAGAAUUAACGUUGGGUUGUAAACGCUUGUUGAUUCUCUUCCUCUGGUCAUGGAGGAGCCUUGUGAGACACUUGACAAUGGUGAAGUCUAUCAAAUAUCUAGAUAUCAUAACUUUAACCAGCAUAGCUCCAGAAGCUUAUCACCCUGGUUGGAUUUGAGAGUGUUCUAUGUCCGGAUAAGCAAUUUCAUGGUGGAAGAUUCAACCCCUGAAGUCCUCACCAUCAAUCACAUUCCUUUGGAUCCAGAUACAGUUCUGGAGAUUAACGGUGUUAAAUUGGGAAUGUACUCAGAAGGUGGUUCUUCACAGCUCAGGAGAGAUCGAGUAGACAAGAAAUCUGAAGAAGCUACUUAUGUCAGCACAGAUAAUAUCAGGUUAACUGGUAGUGUGAAGUUUGAGGUUUUUGACAAAAAUGAGCUAAUCUUGUCUGGAACUCUUGAGAUGUCAGAUAGCAAUGGGUUCACUGGGGAAUCAAAGAAUCGAUGGAAGAUGAAUUGCGAGGCUGAGAUCACUGCAGGGUCUGGUUUCCUUAAGGAGAAGAGCAUAAAUGGUCAAGACUUAUCGUCUCCGUUGCCAACUAUUGAGGUCUAUGUUACUGGUUGCUUCUCAGGAACACCCAUCAUCUUAACCAAGACUCUGCAACUUGGUUUGAGAAAGAAGCAGAGUAGAAGAUUGGCAUUAGAUUCAAUUCCUGAGUAUGAAACUGCAGAGCCUCAGAAAGACACCUCUUCUGCACUUGAUCUUCAGGAAACAGAGUAUGCGAAUUACAAAGAGGAUUACGAAGGGGACAUGUAUUGGAGAAGUGAGUGCAUAGAUGGAGAGAUGACAUGGUUUAAUGCAGGUGUAAGGGUUGGUGUUGGGAUUGGACUAGGUGUCUGUGUUGGUCUUGGGAUUGGUGUAGGUCUUCUCGUUCGUACUUACCAAUCAACUACCAGAAACUUCAGGAGGAGGCUUCUCUAGCUAGUUUAGUAAUGUAUACAUUUGCACCUUUUUUUUACCUUGAAAUUUUGAAAGAAUCCUCUAUAUAAAAACCGUUUGUAUUUGGGGCUUGAUGUGAAUCAAACACUUUGGGUGUGGAUAUUUUGGUAUUUGUUUUGCUGUAAAUAAACGAGUGAGCGUAUAGCUUUUUUGUUA